ACGGGACCUUAUGAAGGCCGAAAAGGUAGCGGUCACGAAGCAAUGCGAAUGUCAGAAAUGGAGAAAAACAAGAAACACUCUUCGUCUGUUUCCUCUUACUACCCGCAGCCUUACGCAACAACGCAUUUAUCCGGUAGAGGACGAAGUGAUGAUGGAACAGAUUCGGGUUACCAUCAGUUACAGGAGGAGCCCUUAUAUGCGACAGUUAAAAGGACACCAAGGCCACCAAGGUCUGACGGACACAUUUAUCAUUGUCCAGGAUUACUAUUAGAAGCCGAGCAGAGGAACAAUCAGGGUAAUACCACAACAACCAAAGAUGGGGGAAUGAUGGUGAAACUGAACGAAAACGAGACAGAAAGACGCACAUCAGGUGAGGAUGAUGACAUGCUCAUGCAGCGCAUCCAGAAAUAUCUAGAUGCAGCAGAAAAAGCCGUGAUUCCAAGCACUUAAGGAAUUCAUAAAUCUUAUACCUACAGAUUUGUGGAGAUGAAAUUUCGUCUGGUCAAAACUCGGAUAGCAGUUUGUAAAAUAUGUCAAACUUUCAUCACCGUUGAAAUUUCGUUUCUGUGACGUCCAGGAAAGGAGGAAAAGAAAUACGAACGCUAUCCGGAAUUCCGUAUUUCCCAAGACAAAGAAAUGUGAUCUCAAUAUAUGUUCUUCUGCCUAUUCCAUUUCGUAUGUACAUCAAUAUUCCAAGUACAAAGAAUGUAGUAAUAUUUAAUUAAGAAGAGAGAAAAAAAAAUACUUGGGAUUUUUAAGCAUAAAAACAGCUUUUAAGAACAAGGUAUAUUUCUACUUGUCUUCCUAUCUUUCUUUUCUGGAAUUUUCUCUAGACUGAGAAAUCAUUUUUCUAGCAAAUCAAUGCCGGUACUGAUUUUGAUGCUUUCUGAAUUUCGUCAUGAUUACUGAUAUUCCUGGUAGAUUUUCAAAUCAAAUUGCACGAGCAUUGGAUCAGGUCCUCAUAGAGAGUUUCCAAUGUUAUUGAGUUUCGAAGAUAAAUUUUCUCGAAAUGCGUGCUUUGUCUGUUAAAAGAUUUUAAAUCGAAAUCAGUAUCGAGCAGAUUUGAUUUUGCUUUCAUGAGCUUCUUUUUUCAUUCUUUGAGCUUAGUAAAAACAUAAAAAAAGACAUUCAGUACAUUAGGAGAUCAAAAAAAUAGAACUGUUAGACACAUUUUAUCAUUUUAUCAUACAUGUACUAUAAUUCCAAAAAGUUAAUCUAAAAUUAUCACAUAUUAGUAAAUACUGCAGUUUCUUAAAAGAAAAACAUUACUUCGUGUUUAAGAAUUUUUCUAAUUUAAAAGUGCUUUUAAUUAAUCAACAAGAAUAUUUUUGCUUAUGCGUUCAAAACGAACUUUCACUGUAUAAAGAACUCGUUUAUUCAUUUUUCAGGAGUUAUAUUUAAAGUAAAAAUGUUUACCGUAAAAUUAUUUAAAAAUUAAAAAUUUUACCAUAAAAAAUGUAACCAGGUUCUGUUACAUAUUUAUAUUAGUACAUAAAUUGUGAGGCCAAAUUUAUAAAUCUGUGAUUAAAACUGAUUCAUGUUUGCGAUUACGUACGAAUAUCACACAAAUAACGAAUUUUGAAUAUAUAUAUAUACGUAUCGCAAGAGUUACAGAAAUAAGUUAUGGGAUUAACAUAAAUAAAUAAGUAACUACAAAAGAAAAAAAAACAUAUAAAAAGGCAAAAAUAAAAUAGUAAUCGUAAUAAACAUAUUAAAAUUAACAUAGUCGAAUAUCUAAAUUAAGAACAUAAUUCGGAAAGGAAGGUACGUUUCGUUAAAUCCUAAAAUCUCAGAAUUUAACGGCCAAGAUGCAAAAAAACCUCUUAAAGAGGUGGAAGGUCUUAAAACUGCCUUGCCCAGUCAAACUCUGAGCCAUUUAAAGGCUACUGAAAAAUUAUUAAUCAUUAAACUGUAGGUAAAACUUUUGUCAAUUGUGAUUUUAGGAGUAUAAAAUAUUCUGUUUUCCAAAUGUAGAAGCAUCUUUUCUCUAUAAAAUUAUUUUCAGAGAGAAACUGAGACGCUUUUGUUACUACUAAGCUCAAGGUUUAAUGUAUAACUUGUUAAUGUUAACUCAAGGUUAAUGUAUACUUCGUUAAAGCAUCGGCCCUAUCAUUCUAGGUUUUCUACAGUGUAUUCGAACACAUGCAAAAUGAGUGUGACUAUUAAGUGUUAUAAUUUCAAUUACAUUGUCCGUAUUGUUUUUUAAAGAAAGGCAAUGAUCUUUAUGUAAUUCUUCAGUUUCAUUUCUGAACUUAAAAUAUGGAUAAACGAGGGUCUUCUGCAAGUAUUAUGAGAAACUCCAGAAAUAAACAACAGGACCCAUUAAGGUUACAUAAACACAUAAUUUAUAAUAUUUUAUUACAAAGCAGUGUGAAAAUUUGAAAAUGAAUUCGAAAGAUUUUAAUGCCUUAAACAAGAAUUCAUUUUGUAUUCUUGGAAACGUUAAUUUUCUAGUCAUGACUUUUAGAUGUCUCAUAAUGUGGAAUUCCUCUAGCAAUUCAGGGAAAACUGAAGGAUUUUGCACAUACACAAUUAUUAGCAGUUUUUUUAAUUCAAAAGUUAUCGACUUUAUUAAGCACUCUAUGGAAAGAGAAAUUUCAUUAAUUUUAGUUUUCCAUAAUUUAUCUGUAACAUAUGCUGGCAAACAUUACGAAACCAGGCGCAAUGGAUAUUAUGUUAUCACCAAGUUAUGUAGGUGAAGUAACGUUAUUUAUUAUUUUUGGUUUUAAUACUUAAAUAGAAGUUAUAAAGUUUAAGAAAUUAUUCUUAAUGUUAUCCAAAGGUCAUUUGAAAAUUCCAGUUUAAAGUCAUAAAAUUCCAGUUUAAAGGCUGACCUAAUUCAUGAUAUUAAACACAAAAGAUAUUCUUUCACGUUUGCUGAUUGCAUGUUGCAUAUUAACUCUUCUCCUUUAGCAUUGAUAAAUAAAUUAUGAAUUCUCAUACGUAAAUGUUAAUAAUAUUCUUUGUUAUUCCUCAUAUUUUCAUCGUUGUGAUAAAGAAUGUUAUUACAUAUUGUUCCUUUGGGUAUUUUGAUAUGAAUUCUUUAAAAAUGCAAUUUGAUAAUUAGCAUUUUAAUGUUAUAAUUUAAAGUUAUAAGCAUUAUUUCUGUGAUAUUAUGUGUGUAAAUUACUUUUUUUUUGUGGAUAUAUGUAUGUAAAAAUUACUUAUAAUUUCACGCUAACAAAAGAUACGUUUUAUAUUUAUUUAUACUGUAUUUCAUUCAACUUAUGUAUAUGCUGCAUCUGUUUUAAAAUACAAAAGUAUGCGUUGGCUUGGAAAAUGUAUGAAAGAUAAUACUAUUCGUAGUUGUAUUUUCCUAUGUAUAUAAAAUAUAUUUACAAUUUAACUAUUGUAUUUUAAAAUAAAUUGGAAAUUGCUGUUUAAUAAUUUAAAUACUAUAUUUCGAGGAAGGAUAUUUCUGAAUCAAAAUUGAUGUUUUCAAAUGUUGUAUCAACAUUUCAUAAUUAUUAAUAAAUUUAUCUCAAAAGAUCAAAACUACUUUAAGCUCGUUCUUCAGUAUACAGAUUGUUUGAUGACAAGUGAGAAUAAGUAGAUAUAGUCUUUAAAAAAUUAUAUUAAUAAUUCUCCUCAGCAUUUCUUAUGCAUGAGAAAAAGUUGUGGUUUUAAAAAAAAUAAAUCUUUAUAAUCAUAUGGCGUGAUAGAUAACUUUGCAAUUGCAUUUGUUAAUUUUAAACUGGUUACGUUUAAUUAAACAAGACUGUAAAUAAUUAAAUUUUAAAAAAUAUGUGCAUAUUUGCAUUAUAAGUUCGGCUAAUUAAGUUGUAAUUCAGAAAAGUUAAUGUAGAUAACUUUCUAAGUAUUAUACAUGAAAAUCCAUCAAAUUCGUGAAAAUAUAUUACAAAUGUUUACUUGCUGCUUUUUAAUUAUAAAAAUAAUCACAUAAGAUCACUAAGCAUUCUUAUUUUUUAAAUGUUCACUACGAAGCAGUUUUGCGUUGUUAAAAAUUCUUGCAUAAAAAAAAAAAAAAAAAAAAAAAAAAAAAACUUAACAGUAAAAUCCAGUUCAAAAGUGCAUAUUGUUUAUGAACUGUCAAAUUUUAGAACUCAGUAAGUCCUCAUGGAUUAUAAAUGACUCUAACAUCAGACUUAAAAAAAAACUGCACUUUUAAAUCACUUCUUGAUUAAAUUCAGCUAAUUUUAUCCGAUUGUUUCUGUUUUAGCUCGUUAUGGAAAGUUUUUUUCCUGAGUUACAAGACUAAAAUAUUGCUUAAAUUUUGUAAAAGAAUUUAGGAGCAUUAAAAUUUGUGAUUAUAGAUAUAAGGUUUAACAGUUUGCUAUGUCAUUUAUUAUUUAGCCAUGCGUUCCAAUAAAGGCCAUAUCUUAGAUAAAGAAUCAAUGCCUAAAUCUUGAUAUUUAUGGUUUUGCCAUACGUCCCAGUAAAAGAGAUGAUUAUUUACUGGCUAAACGCAUAGCAAGGCAGCAGCAAUUUCAUGAAUUUCGGUUCGAGUAAUUAUAAAUUACAGGGGAAAUCAACCUUCUUUGGGUAAAUUUUAAAUAAAUACAGUCUUUCAUAUUUAAUUAGCAUAAAGAGAAUGAUUCUUAGUUUUACAUCUUAAAAUGCAAGGAAAUGAUACGCUAUACGUAAUAACUGCACUUUGGUGAAACGAACAUUUGAGUCUUUUAUCUUAAGGAAAAAAGCAUAACGUUGAUGUUUUGAUUCUUUAGCUUUGGGAACACGUACAUGUCUUGGUAAAUUUCACUUUAUACUGAAAAAAAUUAUGAAUAUUCCUCCAAGUUUCUAAAUUUUUCCAAGCGAAUUUUUUUCCUAAACCAUUUUUCUGCGCUUACAUAUUACAUGUACACCUUUUUUUUAAUGUAACACCUUUAGUUAUCCCAUGAAGUUAAUUAAGUACUUUGCUAUUUACUUUUACUUACUUACUCCAUUUUCAGAAGAAUUAACUGCACAUAGACCUAUUAAAUAUUCAUUUUCUAAAAACUGUUAAGAAGAAGGAGAGAAAAAAUUUUAAUCAGUUUUAUAUUUCAUGCAGAGGAGAAACAUUUUAUAUUUAUCUAAACAUAAGAUUGUUCUCUUAAUUAUCUAAUGCGUGUAACUAUAAAUAUGUAUAUUUAAUUUACUUUCUAAAAAUGUUUCCUUUAAUUAAAAAAAAAAAUAAGAAUAUUACUGACAAACUUUCAGAAACUGACGCUACUAGCAAUUCAGAGGAAAAUGUUUCGUAUAUUUUUAUACGAAUUUGAAAAUUUGAAAGGCUGAAUAACAAAGAUGGGACUGAAAAAAAAGUCUCUAUUAUAUUCGUUACAGAGAGAGGGAUAAAAGAAAAUAAAUGAAUAUUUUUUGGUCCUACUUUAAAUAAAGAGAUAAACAGAAAAGUAGAAAAUAACUUAGCAGUACGUAUCUCAAUGAAAAUAAUGAACUGAUCGAAUUUUGUGUAUCCUCACAAUGUAUAAGAGUGUUUAGAAGCAUGUGCUGUAUUUCAUAAUGUGUUGAUGAUUCUGAGUAACAGGCAUAAUAAAAAAAGAAUGAUUUAAGAAACUGAACCUUCUUUUCAAAUGUAGUACUCCUAAACAAUUGUUACUGUCAAAGGGAAAACGAAAUUGAAAAGCCCUUAUGAGGAAUGUGACGCUGCGCAAUUAAAAGUAAUUGAGCUAGUUACAUGCGCCGACAAAGCAAAAAAUAAGGUAAAAUAAUAUUAAAAAAAUAAAUACAUGGAACUAACUGAUAUACAAGUACGGUGCAGUUACAUACAUACAGUUUCUUUCCUGUUAAAGUUUCAGUUUAAGUUCUAUAAAAUAAUGUAAUUAAAUAAAGAGUUAGCAAAUAAUAAUUUAAAACUCUCGUUAAGGUUAAAACGCUACACAUGUAAUGAUUUCACAUUAUUCUGAUCAUUUAAGAUUAAUGUUUAGGGAAGCUUUCUUGAGAAGUGGGGUAGCAAAAGUAUAUAGGUUUAUAUACAUGUUAGACGUCUCUCAAGCAGCUAAUGUUAUUAAAAAAUAAUCAUCAAAAGCUAAAUCAUUAAAAUACUGUCAGAAGGUGGACUUUUUUAAAAAAAAUUCUCUUUUACUUUUGAGCCAGAAGGAUUAAUUAUUCCUAAAUACAUAAAGUAAUAAACUGCCAAUAAAAAAUUAAGAAAUUUAAGUUAUUGAGUAAUAAAAAGUAAAUCCUUAAGAUUCAGGUGCAUGAUAUUUUAAUUAAGAAAAGUGGCAUACAUUUAUUUAUCACAUUAAAAAGUAUUAAUGUUUUACAUUAAACAAUUGGGAAAAAGUAAUAUUGUAUUAGAAAUGGAUCUGUAACUAAUUUCGAAGAAUUUUCUUUUGCUCAUUUAUUUGUUGCAAUUUUAGUAGCUUAUUGCUGUUCUCAUGAACACUCAUAAAAGGCAAAUUCUUAUGAAAACAACGGAAGCAAGCCACAGAAUGAAAAAGAAAAGUCUUCCGCUUUACUCUCUCGCAAAAAAUAAUCAUUAUGUAACAUUAAGCAAAGUAAUAUUUAUUUUUAUUUCUAGUUUGUGUUACACAGGAAAUUCGGAUUAAUACUUUUUCAGCCAGCAACUAAAACUUCUUUCAGUUCCAGUAAUGUGUUAACGGAAACAUGGAUUUUCAUGUUCUGCAUGUUAAAGAUUGAAAGGUUACUCAAAAUGAAUUACUAACCGAUAAUGACAAGAAGUCUUAAAAUUUGUAUAAAGUCAUUAAUGCAUAAUAAGCGUUAUAUGUGAAAUGCACAGCAUACUAACAUUCUUAUUGUGAUAAAAACUUUAGCUAGAAAUUAUAAAGUUUUCUUACCAUGUUCUCAUAUUGAAAUGCAUCUGAAUUAAAAAAAUAACCGCAUAAGGAUUAAAUGCAUCAUAGUUAUAAAGAAAUUCGAAGUUUUUAACUCAAAGUAAUGGACAUUAUACAUUUUUGAUGGAAACUUGCAUUUAGUUUCCUUGUGUUUUUCAUAUUAGUGAGCGAGGUUUCAUCUAUUAGUAAUGCUCCAGAUUUGAAUUAAAAGCACUACAGGCACUCAUAUUUGUACAGAUUUCGUACUUGAACAUUUAGUCAUGACUUAAAAUUUUUAUGCAUUUAAAAUUUGAAUUUAUUCCCACUGUACUGAAUGUAGAGAGUACCAAAAAAGUCUAAAGAAAUACUCCUUCCUGUGGUUUGCCAAAGAUGAACGUUAAACGUUUUAUUGUAUCAUAUCUGUUUCAAUACGAAAAAAAUAAACAUCUUCUUCAUUGUA